ACAGUACUCUGCUCGCCUGUUCAUUCCUCACUUUUCAGUGAUCUUUCGAUCAUGAUGCAUAUAUGAGCGCCCAAGCGCUCACUUUGCACGCGUCGCGACGCGUUUCUUCGCGUUCUGACACGUUCAUCCAACCCUUCGACAACAAAACCUUCGAAUGCUGCCCAAUGCUCAUGAAGUACCGAUACUAACUGAGGUCGUAGUUCUAGCAUGGCUCCUCCUAUAACUCUAUGGAAACCGACUCCUACCACCACUUCGGACGACGCCUGCACAACCAUUCUGAAGUAUGUACUUCCACCGUCGAACAUUCCAGGGCCAUAUGAGAGAGCGUCUGAAGCCGCUGCGAAGAGGCCACUAACAUACGUGCCCUCGUUGAAGUAUUUCUGUGUGCGAAAACUUAUGGAAUACCCGGAACAGCUCGACAGUAUUGGACCAGCUCGUAUUCACUAUGAACCACCGGCGUCCCCUUCAGACUAUGACCUCGUAAGGUCUUUAGUCCCUGCAUUCUCUCACGAAGACCCUAAGUCUACGAAUUUCCUAGCAAAUGUAGAUCCCAGACUAUGGGCAGUCAUCAUUCAGACCGUGUCGCCGUUACCGGAGGCAUUCAGGACAUAUACCCUUCCACUGUCCGAUAUUCACGCCCCGUUAUUACAACAGAUACCGUCUACACCCGAUUUUGCGCUACUCACGGUGUUGGAGCUUCGUGGCCGAGAGGAAGUGGAUGACCAAACGGUUGUGCAGUUGGGUGACUUGCAUAACUUGGCAGCCGUGGAUUUGAGUUUAACUGUACUCACGUCUUGGGGUAUUAAGACGCUUUCCAAGACCCUUCUAACGUCAGAGGACACUGGGAAGCGAAGGGGUCCAUGGGGCCUACGAAUUAUACACCUCCGAGAUUGUAUGAAAAUUGAUGACUCGAUAUUUGAUUGCCUCCCAAAGUUUCCAUUGCUGAGUGUGGCUGAUCUUCGAGGCACCAGAUGCAGGCCAUCCACUGUCAGCUCCAGUCCCUUCCGCCCAAGUGGUGGCCAAGACUUGUUCCAUCCUACUCCCCUCACCGACUCUUUGAUUGCCCUUACGUCCCAUUCCUCCCAACGCGCUCCUGGAUUAAGCUCCUCGCUCUUCAGUCAUCCUGAUCCUUACUUCCUACGCCUAUCCACUUUGCAUCACAGACCACCUGCACGCAGCACACCCUAUAGAGGACUGCGAAUGUCUUUGGGAAGUCUGUCGACGUUCUCGCCUCUACCGUUGUCUGGCAUAGAUACCAUAUCCGAUAUAGAUGACGACGAAUACCACUAUGACCCUGCCGGGGUAGUAGGUGAUAGACAUUCGUUGACGGAAGACUCUAAGAUGCAGGACGUCGUCGCGGCGGAAGAGUCUAGAGGUCAUAACGCCCGGCGAGCUUUGGCUGCAUUCUACGCCCCUUUACCGCCAACUUCGAAGGCUUGUUUGAUUACUUACAAUUCGAAGUCUGCUCAUGCUGCGGCCAGUUCUUCAGAAGCCUCUCGCAGCCGUAUUGCCCCUCCUCACCCUCUCAUGCUCUUCAGGUCUCCGCCUCCCUACAGCCUGAUCCAGAACUCUUCGUCCGAGGACCCGGGCACUAUUGCGGUCAGCCGUUCCAUGAAGAGACCGCGUACAGAAGAUGCAUUACACGUACUGCAUGGAGAUAAAGCACGUCAGAGCAACAAAGCGAAGGAAGGGAUACAGGCUGUGUGGGAUCUCGUCAACAAGAAACCAACUGCUGAGACUUCGGGACAUCAUGGACAUUCUCGAGUUGCAGAGGUGCGGAACAAUCCAUUCGCGAGGAAAUCGCAAUUGCAAAGUCGAGCCAGCUUCCCGUUCGAUAUUGACCCGGAUCUUCUGGCGACAGCUGAGAGGGAUAGAGCCAAGACAUAUGGCUCUAGGAUGAGUGGUGCAAUGAAACGAUCGCCUAAGAAGCCCUCAGCUGCCAGUGCCAGUGCCGAUGGAGAAGGCAAGAAGGCGACGACGAAGCUGAAUCGCAAGCCUACACUUGCUGCAGCGAGACCUCCGUCAUGUGCAUUACCAUCUCUAGAUCCCGACCUGCUCGCCUCGGUACAAGCUGAUAGGCAGAAGGAUAUGGAGUUGCAGAGACAGAAAGAAGAGAAAGCGCGUAACAGGACCUCGCGUAAGCGAAAGAGGUCGAAGAAAAAAGAUCUCUCUUAUUCUGAUUCCGACUCGGGACAUUCGGACAGCGAUGAAGGCGAGUUCAAUGAUAUACCAUCCUCUCCAAAUCUUCCGAAGGGGACCAAUAUACGCAUACCCAAGGAGACUGGUCCUCCUCCGAAGAUGAAACCACUUACUGCUCAUCCAAUACCCUAUCUUCCACCGGAUUUGCGUCCAAAAGGAUAUACGGAGGCUGACAAGGCGAAGCUUCUUGGUAUCAAAUUGAAACGACGGAAGAGUGAAGGGUCAGAUGGGUUGAGACAGAUGACGUUGUCUCAUUUUGCUAGCAAGCCCUCAACUUCUGCAGGUUCCAGUCGCCCAGGGCCAAUAUCGCAUUCCAAGAAGGCUCCUCGUGGAAGGCCGCGUCCUUCGGUAUGAUUUUUGUGCUGUAUGUAUGUAGUCUUGGACCCUCAGGAGGCCUCAGGAGGUCAAUUAUUGUAUUUAUUCAAAUGUACAAUUUGAAGUCAGAGACUUGCCAAAUUGGACGUCCGCUAUAUUGGGCGCCUGGCGAUCCUCGGCAGGACUUUGAAGUUUAAGAGACUUGACCUCUUGCCACUUACUUCCACUCCUUACAUCUAUCCUCCUCCUGACCUGUUCUAUGCCCCCUGCGCAUGUCAUGAAACUUCAUUCAUUGAAUGUUUCCAAGACUAUACUCUCAAAGCAG